AUAUUCAUGUCAUGUGAACUUUUUUUGCUUUUUUAAGAAAAAAUUUCCGGAAAAAUUCCUAUAUUACAUACGGCAGUGGAUUUUUGAAAUCUAGGUUGCAAUAAAGAAACGUAAUUGCAGGAGUUAGACAGGUGGCUCCCUGCAGUGACUCGAGGUAGGACUCCAACAACAACCCUGUCACGUUCCACCCACCUCCAGCGAACCCCACCGAACUGCUAACUCUUAACCCAUGUCUCAACCCCUCUGUUGGCUUAGUAUCAGCGCUUCUGCCGCUUCAGAUAUUUCUGUUUGAAUCCGCGCACUAUCCUCACCAAUGUUUCAUAUCGUUAAGCUCAUUCUAUCCGCAAGCGAAUUAUUUCUCGAUGCCAGCUCUACUUUUUUUUAAACCCAAAAAGUUCAUGUUUUCUCAUUUUCCUUUAAUUCUGACAUUGUGUUUCAAAUGUUUCUGCUUGCUAAAUAAAUGAAUUAAAACACUGAAAGGUGCGGAAAGCAUCCACGACCCUGAGCAAAAAUUCAAUUUCAGAAAAGCUGCAAAACAGUGAUAGUGAGGAAAAAGUGAAAAUUAAAAGAAAAACUGCUUCUCUAAGGGAAUAAUUAAUUUUAAGUGUCAACUUUUUUAUAAAUAUGAAGAAUAAAAAAAUGCAACGAAAGUGAAAAUUAUCAUAUUGUUUAUGAAUUAUGAACUUAAAAUUUUGAAGGAAUAUUCGAUAAAGGAAGAAUUAAAAAUUUUAUAAGAUUUUUUUUGUUUUAGUAGAAAAGUUCAGGAAUGUCGAUGGAAACAGUGAAUCGUUAAAAAGUUAAUAAAUGUUUUGUCAAAUUUUCCGUUUUAAAGUGAUAUGUACCAUUGAUACUGAAUGAACAGCUUGUGAAUAUAAUUAUAUUUUGAAGAUUUUUUAGUGACUUCGAGUGACCUUUUCACCAAUAACUGCCGGUUCAACUGAUACGUGACAGAUUUUCCUGAAGGCUUAAGAGGGAUCAAUUGGAGAAACAAUAAUACUGCCCAAAGAAUGGAGUUGUGUACAUAACUGAGAUGGAGACUACUUCUAAUCUUCUUAACUGCAUACGUAUUUUGGUCUUUCGCAACAUCCGCCUUUUGCAUUAUGGGAUACGAUUGCACUUCUAAUCAAUUAAAUUUAACUACGAAUUCAUUGUUUAAAGUAGGGAAUUAUGAGGCUCUGCAGGGUAAGCUAUAUGCUACCAAAACUUAUAUUCAACUGGUACAAUUUAGCAGAAUUACUACUACUAAGUUGUUCGAGAAAUCUUAUUUUUAUAAAUAACAUGACUUUAAGAGUCAACAACCGUACCCUGGAGUUCAAGUAUACUUCCAAAUUAAAGUAAUCAUUAUGAUUUGACAAAUCUUGGAAAUAGUCUAAGGUGUAAGGAGUAAGGAGUUCGAAUGUUAGAGAACGUGCAUGUGGUUCGAGAAGUCCGUUUGCCAGCAGAGUGGCCUAGUGAAAUUUAUAAGAAGCAGAAGUGGAGGAAAAGCAGUGAGUGGAAGGAUACGUGGACCAACCUCGGUCCGCCAUCCUGGCGGUAUGGUCCUUUGGGCCACAAUAUUAUUCCUUCAAGGAGCUGGUCUUGUAGGUUCGAUGACUGGAGUAAAGGGCGUUCCAGAGAAUAUUACCGUAAUGUUUCUAAACCCGACGUCCGUUCGAGUAUCCUGGAGUACUAGCCAAGUUGAAAAAGUGGAGAAAUAUGAUGUUUCAUAUAAACCUACAGAUGCAAGGAACAAUAAUAGCAGUUACAGGGUGGUGGCGGUGGUCGCGGGUAACAGCGAAGCGGUGACCCUUAGUGGCCUCCAAGCAGACACGCAAUAUCAACUGGUAGUCACUGCCGUUAGAGGUGGCAAACGAUUCAAAAGCCGACCAAUUGUCUUCCGUACACUGGAGCCACCAAAGACGUCUCCUCAACAAGAUGCAUCAGUUACAGGCAUUCCUUCCCCACCCUCAGCUCAACAGCCGCCAACGUAUUUACAGAUAAGAGGUGUAGAGGUGGGUAUAGUGGUGUUAGUACUGAUUGUGUGGGCAGGGGCAAUAGCCUUGUUCUUUAACCGCUGGGGUAAAAUACGUAUGUUACUACCAUAUCAACCAGACUACAAGGAGCAGCUUAAAGUUCCUGGAACAGGAGUGUGCUCUUCUGGGAAUGCUGCAUAUAAUCAACACUCGUCUCAACAUGCCUGUUCCCAGCAUCUGCACUGGUCGAACCAACACGUGGACUCGGUGGACAACGGUGGUGGUGUUACAUGGCCCAGACCAUCUAGGCAACGUGUCAAUAGUGCAAUCGACGUUGCAGGCUUCCUCUCCCAGGAAUUUCUGCGGAGACACGGUUCGACAUCCCGGCUCUGUCGCAAGGUUCGAAGUGCAGAUAAUUUACCGUUGGCAACGAAUAACCGUCAUCAGGAUCGAAGAAUUUCUAAAGAUGAAAUAAACGAAACCGAUCAAGAUUUUUUUCUAAGAUCAAAUACAGAAGAUAGUGAUAAGCUUGAGGAAUCAGAUUCCAGGAGGCAAAGCAUUAUUGAGAAACCUCCCAUGAUUGCUGAUACUGCUAUAUUAGAAACAUGUCACUUGCAGCAGUCACCAAGGGAUUAUGCUACAACCUCUUCGUUGACUGCUCGCCGGUUUAGUGGAUGGCGAACUAGUACUAGCCACGAUUACGUUCGGUGUCCAGUACGACAACCAAUUUCUAUGGAGGAAAGAUGCUUCAGGAGAUCCUGUGAACCCGAUUUCAUCCGGUUACCACGUCACCACAUUCAUCAUCACCAUCAUCAUCAUCAUCGUCGAAUAGAAACGCAUUCAAGAAGUUGUGAUUACUCAAGACGCUCAAUGUCUAUAGAAGCUCACAGCGAAACUCAACAUUUUGGCUUACCAAUUCUCAGUAUCAGUGAACCCAGCCCUCCAGACGAGGCUAACAACACGGUGGACGAAACUUUGUAGGAUUUGCUUGCCGAGGACUUCCCUAAAGAACUUCUUGUCUGACUGGAAAAGUUUUGUUUUCUUUAAAUGGUUUCCUUGAAAAUCUAAAAACUGUCAAAACUUCAAGGGAUGAUUAAGUACCUCGGCAAAACAAGAACACCAGUUCGAAUGUAUGAGUGUUUGCAUGUGUGAAUUGUGGCACUUAUUAAUGAACUCAUUUAUUUUCAAGAAAAAAAAAACGUAAUAAUUGUGUCGAACAGUCUCUUAUUAUUAGAUAUAUCCAACAAGACUUCUAUUUCAAUUUAAGGAAGUCAAAAAACUUCUGAGGCUGAUUAUCUAUUUUUUAUCAAAUAUUGACAUAUUGUAAAGCAGUUAAUCAUAGAAUCAAAUUCAUUCUCAUUAAAAUGGUCCAAAAAUAUAGUUUAUAAAUUCUAAAUAUUAUUAUGUCUAUUAAAAAAAUAUCAACAUUAAGUAUUUGCAAAUUUUAUACAUUCUUAUUAUAUGAAAAAAUAUUUUAAAUGAUAAUUAAUUACUUUUCUUAAUUACUUAAUUUUAUCUUAAUUCAAAACUUUGUCAAUCACAUAAGAUUAUUAGGCUCUUGAAAUACUUCAAACUAAUUAAAACUGGUUCUAAUACUUUAUAAAAAAAAUUAAUAUAUUCUAACAAACAUAUCUCAUGAUUUUAUAGAAAUUUCUAUUAAAAAAUAACUUGAAGCUUAAUUUUAGUAAGUUAGAAAGAAAUUAUGCGUGAUUUUAAAAUACUAAAAUAUUAGGGGAGAUACCGAUUCUUUGCAAAUGAAUCCUACCUAAAAAAUUCUACUCACAAUCAGUUAAUCUUACAGGAAGAAAUAUAUACCUAUUACAUUUCAUUUAAAAAUUAGGUUCUAAGCAAUUAAAAAAGCCAUCUGACUAUAAAAAUCUGUACAGCUGAAGAGACAUUUAUUUAUUUCAAUUCAAAUGUAAAUACUAAUUGUAAUCUGCCUUGUAGAUUUUAAUUUCAUUAAGCUAAAAAAUCAUAAAAUAUUAUAUUUUUAAAUUUAAUUAUGUAGAGAUUUUUUUAUAUUAAAGUAGCUGCAUUUAUUAACUAACACAAUAUUAGAACUUAUACUUUACUACUAUAUAGCCAGUCAAGUAGCAGCAAGAGACAGGAAGAGAAACUGUGAACCAUUACUUCACAAGAACAAUGUUUUCCAGUUGUUGAUUUAUUUUACAUUUGGGAUUUAUUUUUAACGUACAGGUUAGAAUUUAACACAAAAAAUACAAGAAUUUAAUUAGUGUUCUGUAAUUUGAUGUUUAUCAUUUAUUUGAUAUUUUUAAUUUAUAAAAGUAAGUUCUCUUAAAAUUCAAUAAUUAUUUACAGAUAUUUUGAAUCAUUGUAUGUUAAACAGAAAAUGGGUAUUAAUAAUUUAAAUGUAGCGCCUGAGACGGCGCUAUUUAAUGUUUGGAAAUAUAUUUCAAUUAUUUAUUAAAUUUACAAAAGUAUUAACAUAGAAAACCUAAGUACUACCGUGUCAUUUAAUAUUGGUUUAAUUUCAUACACAUCAAAAAUAAGUUCUCGUUUUUUCUACUCCAUGUUUUAGAGUUUAUUUGCAAACAAUGAAACCACUGUCUUCAAUAUAAUGUGUGAAAAUUUCAAAAACAGUCUUUUAGCUAUGUUACAAAAUUUUUGUUUAAGGAUUAUUUGCGUAGAAUCGUUACCACCUAAAAAGAUGAGAAAUUUUGUUAACACAAUACUAUUACAUAACUUGUAAAUUAUUUUUAUUAUAUUAACUGUAAAAAAAUAAAUAUUUAUCUAUAGUUUAGAAAUGUGUUACUAAUACAUAAACUUUUAUUUUCAAAAGAUUAGAUUUAAUUAUUUAUGUAAAUUAUUUCAAAAUUUUAAAGAAAAUUUUUAAACCAUUUUAAUUCUUAUGUGAUUUCUUAUUCUGAGGGCACUUUAGUAACGAUCAUUGUAAUUCUUUAUCAGGGAUAUUUGCGUCUUCGAUUGUAUAUAUGACGUAUAUGUAGGAUAACAAAAAUUUUGGGAACAAUAGAACUUAUCUUCGAAAACUAAGUAUAUCUGGGAAUCAAAGCGAAAGUUGGUAAUUUGCUAAUAGAACUCGCUAAUAGAACUUAAUAAGAAAACCGCGCUUCCAACAAAUCUUUAAAUUCAUUCUCGAAUCUGAAUCGAGAAAUAAAAGAAAACUAAUGUAGAUUAAGUCUGUAAACCAACAAUUUCUUUAAUGAAAGAUAAAAAUAUUUUAUUGUCCUAUUUCAUCGCGUUAAUGGUCAAUUAUAAUAUUUACAAGAAUAUAAAUAAUUUCAAAACA